AUGUCUUCCGAAGUAGCGACGUCAAUGGAGUCAACGCCACCCACAUCGCCAGAGACUCGAGAUGGCGGAGCAUCGGCAGCCAUGGAGAAGGAGGAGGCGCGUAUGGCAGACGCGCGACGAAAGCAGGAUGAGAAGCGCGAACGAAAGCUGGCAGCUGAACGAGAAAAGGACAUUAAGGGCGGCGCAGAAGUUGUCGAUCAGAAGUACAAGGCACUCGAGUACCUGCUCAGCCAAAGCAAGCUGUACUCUGCGAUCAUGUUACAGCAGAUGACUUCGCAAGAGGAAGCGGAGGAAGCUAAUGACGAGGCAAGCAAGAAGCGAGCCCAGAAGAAGGAAGAGAAGGCAGAGCAGAUGCCACAAGCUGGACAGAAGAGAGCCACGAGAGGUGCAGCAGCAGCUGAAGCGAAUGCGCAGGACGCUGAGCAGAGUGCAGGCACAAAGAAAGAGCUGCCCAAGAGGGGGCGACCUGCGAAGAAUACCAAAGGCGGCAAGAUUGCCGACUAUAUGAAGAAAGAAGAUGUCCAAGCCAAGGCUGGCCAGACGUCGAUAUCUGAAGCACUGGCAGAGGAGACGAAAGAUACCGAUGUCAAGCCAAGUGAGAUUGGCUUCCAAGAGCUGCGCUCUGCAAAGCAGCCUGAGCUGGUGACUGGUGGACUGAUGAGGAACUAUCAGCUGGAGGGACUAGACUGGCUUACUUCGUUGUAUGAGAAUGGUCUCAAUGGCAUCCUGGCAGAUGAAAUGGGUCUUGGCAAAACGAUUCAGACAAUCUCAUUUCUGGCAUUCUUGCGAGGCAAAGGCGUGCAUGGCCCGUUCCUGAUUGCUGCCCCGUUGAGUACCACCAGCAAUUGGGUUGCGGAAUUCAAGAAGUGGACCCCGGACAUCCCAGUAGUGCUGUACCACGGCAGCAAGCAAGAACGAGAGGAGUUGCGAAAGACGAAGUUGCGUAAUCCCGGCAGCGAGACCUUCCCGGUGAUAUGUACCAGUUACGAGAUCUGUAUGAACGACAGGAAGCAUCUGGCACAUCUCGGAUGGAAGUUCAUCAUCAUUGACGAGGGUCAUCGCAUCAAGAACAUGGACUGCAGGCUCAUUCGCGAGCUCCAGUCAUACCAAUCAGCCAACAGGUUGCUCAUCACUGGAACACCACUGCAGAACAACCUGACUGAGUUGUGGUCAUUACUGCACUUUCUGAUGCCCAGCAUCUUCGACAAACUUGAGUCUUUCGAAGCCUGGUUCGACUUCAGUGCUUUGAAAGAGAAGAAUGGAUAUGAGCAGAUCCUGUCUGAGGACCGUAAGAAGAACCUUGUUGCAAGUCUACAUGCAAUCCUAAAGCCAUUCUUGCUACGACGUGUCAAGGCAGAUGUCGAGACAUCGCUACCGAAGAAGCGAGAGUAUGUGCUUUAUGCACCCUUGACACAAACCCAGAGAGAGCUAUACCAGGAGAUCUUGGAUGGCAACAGUCGGGCGUACCUCGAGAACAAAGUCGUCGAAAGUCUGAGUCGGGCAACGACGCCUGGCAGCGUGCGAAGUACGAGCAGUCUCAAGCGCAAAGCAGCAAAUGGUGCCGCAACACCCAACAAGAGCGCCAAGACUAGCCGUGCCUCUACGCCUGCAACGACAGGUAGCGCUAGUGGUCGCGGCAGAAAGGCAAAGAGGAACAAGGGCUACGAGGAGGUAUCUGAUGCUGAGUACUUCAAGCAGCUUGAGGAAGACGAUGGCGGCUCAUCUCCAGUGGAGGAACUCGACGAGACAGAAGAAGAAGACCGCGAGCGUGCAAAGACACUCUCCCUCGCCAAACGUGAGAUUGCACAAAAGAAACUCCAGAAUCCAAUCAUGCAACUCCGCCAAUGCUGCAACUCACCUCACAACUUCUACUACCCCUUCGACCUAGACGACAACACCCCAGUGGACGAAACCCUCGUAACAGAAUCCGGCAAAAUGCUCCUCCUCGACCGCCUCCUUCCCUCCCUCCUGGAAGGCGGCCACAAAGUCCUCAUCUUCUCCCAAUUCAAGACCCAACUCGACCUCCUCGAAACCUACUGCACCGAGCUCCGCGACUGGCCUGUAUCACGCAUCGACGGCUCAGUGGCACAGACCGACCGCCAACAACAAAUCCUCGAAUUCAACGAGCAAGAAAGCGAUGUGAACAUCUUCCUCCUCUCAACGCGAGCCGGUGGCCAAGGGAUCAAUCUCGCUGCAGCUGAUACUGUCCUAUUGUUCGAUAGCGACUGGAAUCCCCAACAGGAUCUCCAGGCUCAAGAUCGCGCGCAUAGGAUCGGUCAAACACGACCCGUUAUCGUAUAUCGCUUCGCCACGAAGGGCACUGUCGAGCAAAUGCUACUGGAGAAAGCGGAUAGCAAGCGUCGACUAGAAAAGCUCGUGAUCCAGAAGGGAAGGUUCAAGAACGGGAAGGGUGAUGCCGGCGGUGCGGAUUUUGCAGAGUUGCAGAGACUCCUUUCCAAGGACGACGGUGAGAGGAUCGAUAUUGCGGAGGGGAAGGGGUUGUUGAGUGAUGAAGAUCUUGCGAUUUUGACGGACAGGUCUCCAGAGGCGUUUGAGAGGGCGGAGAAGGGGUUGGAUGUGGUUGGUGCGGCGUUUAAGGCUGUGCAGACGAAUAAGGAUGGGAAUGGGUUGUUGGAGAGUUUGCAGAAGUAG